UGCGCGCAGCGUGCGGCUGCUGCUGUAGAGCCGAGCGGCAGGUAGAAAAACCUUGAAAUCUCACCGGUGAGCCUGCGGUUUGUGGGCGACUUCACAGAGCUGAGCUAAACAACUGAAACACCGACUACAGCUGUAAUUCCUGAAUGUAACAGCCCAUUUUUUUUCUUUGCCUUAUCAUCACCUGUACUGUUUCUCUUCAGCGACAACUGAACUGCUAAACAAUAAGGAGUAUCCAAAGCGGUUAUAGGAAACUUGAAAAAGGCGUUUUGACCGGCGGGAUGUUGUGAACGACGCGCUGCUUGGGACCGAAGGACCGGGGAACGCAGAAGGCAGAGAGAGUGAGAGUGAGAGAGAGAGGAACCAAGGCUGGACGAGCACCGGAGGGAUUAUGGCUCUCGCAACGUUUUCUCUCAGUCUCAUCACGCUGGCGCUUACAAACUUGCACCUGUCGAGAGCCAACAACCGGCAUGCGGUGUAUUGGAACAGCUCAAACCUACAUCUACGGAGGGAGGGCUACACGGUGCAGGUCAGCGUCAACGACUACCUGGACAUCUACUGCCCGCACUACAACACCAGCCAGCGGGGGACGCUGGAGCGCACCGUGGCCGAGCAGUACGUCCUCUACAUGGUCAGCUACCGCGGCUACCGCACCUGCGACCCCCAGCUGGGCUUCAAGCGCUGGGAGUGCAACCGGCCCCACGCCCCCCACGCGCCCAUCAAGUUCUCGGAGAAGUUCCAACGCUACAGCGCCUUCUCCCUGGGCUACGAGUUCAACGUGGGCCACGAGUACUACUACAUCUCUACGCCCACCCAUCACCAUGGCCACAGCUGCCUGAGACUGAGAGUCUACGUCUGCUGCUCCACCGUCUCCCAGGCAGAUGAUGACUCCAGUCAGACUCCUCCCGACUUCACAGUCAGGCCAAACAUCAAAAUACACGACAUUGAUGAAUUUAACCCAGAAGUUCCCAAACUGGAGAAAAGUGUCAGUGGCAGCAGCCCAUCACGCGACCGCCUUCUUCUCACCGUGGCCAUGCUGCUCACGUCGGCCAUCCUGUUGUCCUAGCGACUGUCACCGGGAGUGACACUUCAUGCAUAGCUGGACCACCUUGUCCAAAGGGCUUAGUAUCCACCGACCAUGAGUUUUUGAUCUGAAAGUGGGCAGGAACAAAGGAAAGUACCGAUUAGAGACGCAGUCAAAAUGAUACAGGAAAAAAAACCUUGGACUUAAUUUACUGGACUUUAAAAAAAAUAAAUAAAUAAAAGGAGAGGCCUUUUUGCCAUCAUAUUCACACCAGUGUGUUUUGACACUCCAUUUGUUGUUGGACAUCCUCACCAUAUGAAUACCACAGCAUUUAAAUGUAGGUGUCUGUGCCGCAACAUGGAGAACACAACCAACAUUCAAAGUGAGACUUGUGUGCUGCUGUCACGGCACGCGGCAGGGGAAAGUGGACUUGUACUGAGUCGGCUGUAAGGCUACACACCCUUACCGUAGCAUGGAUGUCAGCCUCCUGAGGAAUUCAAGCUGCAUUGUCUUCAGCUGAAGUGAGAAAGCAAGGUUUUUGUAACUGUAAGCUUUGAGGAAUAUAAUACACAGAGAAAAAAUGAACUUUUUUUUGCGGGGACCGGAUGGAUUGUAGACAAUGGAUCAUGGACCAAGUGCAAUGAUGGAUUAAAUGCAACUUUGGUGUGAUGUAGGAAAGAGCGAACUGAACUCUCCGGCUGUACUGAUCUUACGUGGGCUGUACUGGGCAUUUAUAUAGUCAGUCAGUGACGUGAACUGCUGCCGAUGUCCCGGAGGAUGAGGAAUGUUUUCACACCGGUGUGAGAGAGCUGCUGAUAUUGGAGCCCGAGGCGUUUCUUAGGGAAGGGGGAAGAUUUUGUGCGGAUAUCCAUGGGCCUUUCAAGAAUCCAUUUUCUCCAGACAUCAAAAAUACCCCUGGCUUUGUGAUAGGUACACUCACACACAAAGCCUGCAUUUCUUAGAGGAGUAGUGGGUGUGAGUGCCCUCUCAGUACUAGUCCUGUGUCUGUAUUUCCUGCCUUCACACUGUAACAACCUGAGAAAAACACAGACUCUGGACUAGUAAUUUGACGGCACUUAGAUGUGGUAGAUGCGGUAGAUCUGUGUUUUGUCCCGACGCACUUCGCUUAGGUUUCCCAGAUGUCAAACCUUUCUCCUCGCAGCAAUCAGCAAGAAUAGUUCUGAGUGCCACUAAUUUACAAUUCUUAAAACCCUCUCUCUCAGCAGCAAAUUCCCUUUCAAUCCCAACUAUCUGGUCUAUUCGUUUCCCACUUCAGAGGUCCCCAGCCAAUCAGCGCUGAUGGCCAUUACAGCAGUCACCAUGGAAACAACCCCAUACAAGUCGCCAGAGUGCGGCAGGUGCCUGAGGAGAAUUUGUGCUUUGAGUCACAAAGUAACGCUGCCGCCAUUUUGUUAAGAAAAAAAAAAAAAAAAAGAAAGAAAAGAAAACACGCGUGAAUGUGCAAAUAAA